AGCGCGAAGGAAGGGGGGAAGACAUAAUAGAAAUCCAAAGAGCACGUCAGGAUGUCAAAAUCGAAAGAGGACCGGAGUCGUCUGAGAGAAUCCAUUCCAAUCCAUUCAUCCAUCCACCAAUAAAAAUAGAAAUUGAAAGAGUGAGUAGACUAGUCUCUCUCGUAGCAGUUUGUACUUUUAAACAGAAGAAGCAACCCUAGAGAGUAGAGAUUAGAGAAGCGAAAGCUCAUCGCAGCCAUUCGAUUCGAUGGGAGGAGAGGAGGGGGCGGAUCAGUGAUGAAUAACAGGGCCGAUUCCGACUACAGAAAGGCGAAGACGUCGGUUUGGUGGGAUAUCGAAAAUUGUCAAGUUCCUAAAGGAUGCGAUCCACAUUCAAUUGCACAAAACAUUACUUCUGCACUUAUCAAAUUGGAUUACGGCGGUUCCGUCUCCAUUUCUGCUUACGGCGACACCAACCGUAUUCCUUCUUCCAUUCAACACGCCCUCUCCUCCACCGGCAUCUCCCUCAAUCACGUUCCUGCUGGUGUUAAAGAUGCCAGUGACAAGAAGAUUCUAGUUGAUAUGCUCUUCUGGGCUGUUGACAACCCUGCCCCUGCUAAUUAUCUCUUAAUUUCUGGCGAUCGUGAUUUUGCAAAUGCCCUCCACCAGCUGCGUAUGAGAAGAUACAAUAUUCUUCUUGCCCAACCCUUUAAAGCCUCUGCCGCCCUUGUUGCUGCAGCUAAAAGUGUGUGGUUGUGGACUAGUCUGGUAGAUGGUGGCCCUCCUCGUACCGGAAAUGACUCCCCUCCACCCAACAAUGGUAAUCAUGAUUCUUCUAAUAACAAUAAUUACUUCAACCCCCAAAUGCCCGAUAACCACCUUAUUCCCGAACCUGUUCAUUUACAUGCCAAACAUCCCAUUGCUACUCCGAAAUUUGACAACUCUGGGAGAAUUGGGGCAGGAGAUACUAAAUCGAAACCUACGUAUGUCCGCAAGACCUCAAACCAGUCAAGUCUGCAAAAGGCCCCUAGCAUGCCUUCCGGGGUUCUAGAAAGUCAGUUUGCUUCCGGCGGCUUCCCCAGCAAUCUUGAAUCUUCUGCUCGAAGUAAGUCUGAUUUCAUCUCAAAUCAACGAGUUCAAUAUCCCUAUCCAUCUAGGCCAAGCAGUGCUCCUAUACAUUCUAAUUCCGCAGCUGGAAAUGUGUAUCCGCCUGCUGCAGGCAACUUCUAUACACAUCCUUCACCGUCCAGAUCUGAAGGUCCGCCUAUCUCAUCAGCUCCUUUCACUAGUGCCCCUGAUAUUGGUAAACUAAGCAUAUCUGAACACCCAAAUUAUGUCCGAAAUCCUUCUAGUUUUCCACAGCAAGUUAGGGGAGAGAUUAAGCAUAAAGCGCACAGGUAUUCGAAUUCUGAGAAUCGUAAUCCACCCAACAAAGGCCCUAAUAUGAACACAAACCACUCCUCUCACCGAAAUGGACAAUUAUCUGUGCCUCCGUCUACUUCAUCAGCCUUGCCAACUGCCAAUGUUGUUUCAGGCACAGCAUCACCUCCCUCUGAAUAUGAGCAGGGUCUUGCUGGGGUUAUCUUGCUUGCUUUAGACAGCCUUAGAAAAGAAAAUAUUGCACCCACAGAGGAAAAUAUAACUGAUUGUAUCCGUUUUGGAGAUAAUUCAAAGCACCAUAAUACUGACGUGAGGAAGGCCUUGGACUGUGCCAUUAAACAGAACAUGGUAGAUAAACUACAGCUGGGUCAAGUUCAGCUAUAUGUGAUAAAGAGUCAAGGGGUAUGGAAUUGUAUAAAUCCAAUGAGUGGCUACCUUAACGACUACUCUAAGGAAACAUGGGAUAAAGUUCGUGAGUUUCUUAUUUCUACUAAAGGACGAUCCGCUAUAAUUGCUUCUGUGUGCAGGUAUGAAGCUGCAUUAGUCUUGAAAAAUUCAUGCCUGCGAGAUUUAUCUCUGGGGCAUGUGCUCCAGAUACUGAACAUGUUAAUUACUAAAAAACAGUGGAUCAAACACUCUACACCAGGAUGGCAGCCAAUUACAAUUUCAUUAACCCAGGGUGAUGGUGUGACAACUAAUGAAGCUGGUCCUUGAUUGAAAGAUCUAUUAAUAGGCGAUGGAAGGUAGUAUCCAAGUGGUAAUUUAUUUACCACCAUAUUUUCAUUUCUUUCGUUGGUGGACUAGGAAAAGGCCCACUUAUAGGUGCUUUGUAGUUUAUUUAAGGGAUAUGGGUUUUAGUUUGCAAGGUUGGUUGGAUGAUACAAGUAUAUUUUGCGUUUAUCUGUGGAAGCUUUUAUCUUCCUUACACAAGAGGAAAGAGUACUUGGCAGUUUUCUCAGAGAAUUAAGUUUCAAAGGUGCGAGAGUGUACCAUUACGUAUAUUUUACUCCUCCAAAGUAGGAGUAUAGGUUCUGGACUUCAAUAUAAGUUAUUGAGGCAUUUAACAUUUGCGUCAGGCGCAUCAGCUUAUAGGAUAUGGACUAUGGAGCCAGCUCUGGAUAUCAGUGGAAAAAGAUCAAGCAAGUAUGAUGGAGACCUGAAGUAAAAACAAAAUUGCUCUUUUAGAUUUUUUAGUAUAAAAAAGGUUUGCUGUUUUUGUUGAUAACAAUAUGCUUCUUGCCUUCUUAUGACUGGUUCCCUCUAUGGACUCAUCAUAAAGCUCUGAGGCCAUUUCUGUUGAAGCUUGGGGCAAGGUAGAAGUUUAAGUAAAUGAAGAAGGAAGCUAUAUUUGAACAAUUUUGUGGAUAGCCCAAGAUGAUGGACAUGAUUAAAGCUUGCUGGCACAUUGAGCACUCUGAUGGUUUUUGUGCAAACUUGUUGCAUAUACUGUAUUAAAUCUUAGGUAAGGUUAAUGUAUUGGCGUUUCAGCUGAAAGUUUUUUCCGCAAGACUCUGUGAAAUCCAUUGUAUCUGUAUUGAUGCUUAUGAUUCCCUUUUUCUCUGCCUUUUUUUUAUUUUUUUUUUAAUGUUAAUGCGUUACUAAAUGUAAUUUAUCGUAUGAUUUUAACAUUGAUCUUGUUACUGGUUUGUUGGAUGCUCAAUGUCAGUGCCUUGUUUGGUUAGAUUGA